CUCGUAUCUAACCAGUUAAACUAUCAAUCUCCAGCCUCUCCCCCUUGCCGCUCCCAAUGGCAAUCAGUCUAGGGGAGUGACUGUUUAAGAAAGGAGACCUCACCAUUUAGCUGCUUGGUUCUUCUGCAGAUUCACUUCUGCUCAGAACUUUUGCCGUUACUGCAAAGAAUGCACUAAGUUCUUAUGGUAACACUGAAAGCCUGUUGGUGAGUGUGUAGUUUUCAAGAGGAAUCGAGAAUACUGUUGUUUUUCUGCCAUCUCAUCUGCUUCACGCACAGACUUUGCAAUCGCUGAUAGGAAGACAGUUGGAAUAUAAAAUGUUGAUAACAUGGUUCUCAAAACAGGCUUCCAAAAGCAAAGAAAUUAAAAGCAGCAUCCUUAGUUUAUCUGGACUCUCUUCUGUAACAAGGUCAUGUAAUAACCUCCAUGGCAGCUUCAUGCCCUGGGAAACCUGGAAAAGAUCAGUCACCUCUUCAUGUACUACAAGGACUACACUGAAAAUAGCUCCCUGUUAUUCCCAGUACCUAAGCACCCACAAGUAUUCCACUUUACGUGAAAAUUGUUUUCCUGCCAAUUAUGACCACGUGUUUGAGUCUUCGGUACAACAGCCUGAAAGGGUUUGGGGAGAAGCAUCUGAAAAGAUUUCAUGGUUUAAACCAUGGUCUAAAAUAAUGGACAACUCUAAUCCACCAUUCACAAAAUGGUUCAUUGAUGGAGAACUCAAUAUAUGUUACAAUGCUGUUGACCGUCACAUAGAAAGUGGAAGAGGAGAUCAAACGGCAAUUAUACAUGACAGUCCUGUGACUGGUAUAAAGCAAGCAAUUACUUACAGAGAGAUUUAUGAACAGGUAUCAAGAUUAGCUAGUGUCCUGUCUAAGUAUGGGGUGAAGAAAGGAGACAGAGUCGUCAUCUACAUGCCAAUGAUACCACAAGCAACGUAUGCCAUGUUGGCAUGUGCAAGGAUUGGAGCUAUUCACAGCCUUAUAUUUGGGGGAUUUGCAUCUAAAGAGUUAGCAGUCAGGAUUGAUCAUGCAAAGCCCAAACUGAUUAUAACGGCUUCAUUUGGAAUAGAGCCUGGUAGAAAAGUGGAGUAUGUUCCUCUUGUAGAACGAGCUCUGGAGAUUGCUGAGCACAAACCCAAUAAAAUUUUAAUAUACAGCAGGCCCAAUAUGAAAGAAGCACGUUUAAUGGAUGAUCGUGAUCUUGACUGGACAGAAGAGAUUUCAAAAGCUCAUCCUCAUGACUGUGUCCCUGUGUCUUCAGAGCACCCACUCUACGUCUUGUAUACAUCUGGCACAACAGGACUGCCUAAGGGUGUUGUAAGAUCUACUGCUGGCUAUACUGUAAUGCUAAAUUGGACUAUGUCGGCUGUUUAUGGACUGAACCCUGGCGAUGUGUGGUGGGCCGCAUCUGAUUUAGGCUGGGUAGUUGGGCAUUCUUACAUUUGCUAUGGACCACUCCUGCAUGGGAAUACGUCUGUUUUAUAUGAGGGAAAACCAGUGGGAACACCUGAUGCUUCUGCGUAUUUCCGAGUGCUAUCUGAACAUGGAGUUGCAGCCAUGUUUACUGCACCGACUGCAUUAAGGGCAAUACGCCAGCAAGACCCAGAUGCAGAGAUGGGCAAGCCAUUCUCUUUGACCAAGUUCCGUACUCUCUUUGUUGCUGGAGAACGAUGUGACGUGGAAACAUUGGAAUGGUCAAGAAAAAUCUUCAAUGUCCCUGUACUGGAUCACUGGUGGCAAACAGAAACUGGUUCUCCUAUUACAGCCACGUGUAUUGGCUUGGGAAAUUCUUUAAAACCCCCUGCAGGACAAGCAGGAAAGCCUGUUCCAGGAUACAAUGUUAAAAUACUGGACAACAACAUGCAAGAGGCAAAGCCAAACACAUUAGGAAAUAUUGUAGUAAAGUUGCCUUUACCUCCAGGAGCUUUUGCCACCCUAUGGAAGAAUGAUGCUAUGUUUAAAGAUAUAUAUUUCCAAAAGUUUCCAGGAUAUUAUGACACAAUGGACGCAGGCUACAAGGACGAUGAUGGUUACAUAUAUGUCCUCUCUAGAGUUGAUGAUGUUAUCAAUGUUGCUGGACACAGACUCUCAGCAGGAGCAAUUGAAGAGUCUGUACUAUUGCAUAAGGAUGUGGCAGAUUGUGCUGUAGUGGCACUGGAAGAUCCAUUAAAAGGCCACGUUCCGCUGGCUCUCUGUGUGCUGAAAAAUGGUGUGGGCCAAACAAAAGAGAAAAUUGAAAGUGAAAUUGUGGCAUCAGUUAGAGAACAUAUUGGACCUGUUGCUGCUUUUCGGAAAGUAGUCAUUGUAAAGCAAUUGCCAAAAACCCGUUCUGGCAAGAUCCCUCGCUCCACUCUUUCUGCUCUUGUAAAUGGCAAAUCAUACAAGAUUGGAUCAACUAUUGAAGACCCUGAUGUAUUCAGAUCUGUUGAAGAGGCUGUAAAAGCAAUAAUAUGAUUAAAUAUACAUACUGGCUUGUAUAAAUCCCAACUUUGCAUUCUCUAUGCCACAUCUAACUGGGGGCUGCCUUGUGCCAGUAUUUCUCAGGCAUUGCGAUAGCCACAGUAAUCUCAAAGGCUACUGAGAACUUUGGCAUAUUAACAGCUGAAGGAUAUACACUCAGCAAACAUACCUGCAUUUAUUCUUGGAUUAGGAGUUUAACAAAUAUGCACCCUAUUCAUUCAACAAUGCUGUUGCUAUAGUAAAGUUGCUAUAGAAACAGAGCCAUUUUUGACAUCUGAUACACCGUCUAAGAACUGAACAACCAGCGUAUAUACAGGACCUUAAAGGAAAACUAUACCCCCAAAAUGAAUACUUAAGCAACAGAUAGUUUAUAUCAAAUUGAAUGACAUAUUAAAGAAUCUUACUAAACUG